GUCUCCGACUGAUGACGUAUCACGAGUACACGAGAACGCAAGUACGCACAAGUACGCAUAUUGAUAAACGCCCGUGGAAUGGAAGCGGCAGAGCGAGCCACUGCCCCUUCCAUCAGUUUUCUGCCGUUUCUUUGUGAGCGAGGAAAUCGAAACAGUUAAAAGUUAUAUCUGCUGCCAACAAGAGAAGAAUCAUGGUUCAAGCCAAGCUCUGGGCAAUGACUAAACACUUUGACGGCUUCCCUAAAAACAGUGACUUUGAGCUGAAGGUGGAGGAGCUCCCUGAGCCUAAAGAUGGAGAGGUGCUUCUGGAAGCUGAGUUUCUCAGUGUCGACCCGUACAUGAGGCCGUUCAGCAGAUUUCGCAUGAAGGAAGGAGAUGUGAUGAUUGGAACUCAGGUGGCCAAAGUGAUCCAGAGUAAAAAUCCAGCGUUUCCUGUGGGAAGCCACGUUGUGAGUAACAGUGGGUGGAGAACCCACACACUCAGUGAUGGGACCGGCCUCAUUCCCAUCCUGUCUGAGUGGCCUAAAGAUGUGUCCCUGUCUCUGGCUCUGGGUACCAUCGGGAUGCCCGGACUGACGGCUGUUUAUGGGAUAGAAGAAGUGUUGGGACUCCAGAAGGGUGAGACCCUGCUGGUGAACGCUGCAGCUGGAGCGGUGGGCUCCGUGGUGGGACAGAUCGCCAAGAUCAAGGGCUGUAAGGUGGUGGGCUCGGCGGGCUCUGAUGCCAAAGUGGCUUACCUCAAAGAGCUGGGAUUUGAUGAGGCCUUCAACUACAAAACUGUGGGUUCCCUGGAGGAGGCUCUGAGGAAGGCUUCACCUGAAGGAUACGAUUGCUUCUUUGAAAACGUGGGAGGUUCUUUUUCAACUGCUGCUCUGGAGCAGAUGAAGAACUGUGGAAGAAUAGCUGUGUGUGGAAGUAUCUCCACCUACAAUGACAGUGAACCCCAGACAGGUCCGUAUCCCUACUUCACCAUGAUCAUAAAGCAGCUGAAGAUGGAGGGUUUUAUGCAAAGCAGGUGGCAGCACAAGCACCCUGAAACCCUCAAGAGACUGUUAGCAUGGGUGAAAGAGGGCAAACUGCAGUGUCGGGAGCACGUCACAAAAGGCUUUGAAAACAUGCCGGCUGCUUUUAUGGGGAUGCUGCAGGGAGAAAACAUCGGCAAGGCCGUCGUCGCAGUCUGAAGAGAAACAAGAGUUCACUGCAAGAGAGCCAGCAUUACUGAAAACUGCCAUUAUUACACAAUCUAUGAAUUAAAGAAGGAUCGAUCAAUAACCAUACAGUUAACAGAAUAAUUUCACAUUAACAUUUCACUAUUUUUUUUUUGUGUACUCCUAUAUAUAGUAAUAGCAGUUAAGCGACUCUGGGACACUUUAGUCAUUCAAAGAAAUAGGAUUUCUAAUCGAAAAGCAUUAGUUCAUAAAUGUAAAAUGUGAUUCAAGUUUACAUUUAGACUGUUUGUGUUUCACCACCAUCUUCAUCAUUCAGGAGCGUCUGAAACCUGAAUGAAAUUUUACUCAAGAAAAAGGAAAACGGUGAUUAGUCAAAGGAUGUUGUGGUGGAUUUUUGUGUGAUAUGUAUAACUAUGUAACUAUAUACACUAUAUAUCUAUGUGCACUGAACAUAUAUAUUUUAACUUUCAUAUAGAGUCUUAAGCACAAGACAUUUUUGCUUCAUCGAGGUUUAUUAAGUUGAUACAGUAACAGGGCAGUUAAUGCUGUUGAGAGUUCUCCUGCAUAAUUUACUCUCCGGUAACUAACCUUCCCUAAUACACGCUCAACGACUUUCAUGCAGCACAACCAAAACAGUAACAUUGUAACAGAGAUCCUGAACACAUCACGAUAAAAUACCUAUUGUGAUAAGCCAGAGCAAGGGGUACUCAGAGUCCUGACUGGCCUUUGGCCAAGACCUUGGCAGCUACCUGACCCCAGCAGCUGUGCUGGGCGUGUGGGAAAGUUACCCAGCAGCAGGGGGCGGCGAUACUGGUCCCUAUAUUAGGGGACCAGAGGACGCCCCCAGAGCUCUUUUUUCCUCCUGCUGCUGCUACC